GGGGCUCCUCCUCGCGUCAAAAUGGCGGCCAAGGCGCCAAAUACGAUUUUCUGACGGCGGGAUUUGAGGCGCUGCGAGGGAAGGUCCGCGGAGGCGGCUGGGCCGCCAGCGCUAUGGACACGCAGGCUUGUAUGAAGUCGCUGCUCCUCGCGGCCUCCCAGUACCGGGCUGCGCGGACCCCGCCCAACGCAGCGCUGCUGCAGCGGAGUCUGGAGGUCAUCUCAGGAUUGAAGCUGACAAGAUUUUUUGCAUCGAACCAGAUUUUACCAAGUGAAUGUCUAUGCUGCUUAGUGGAACUCAUUGAAGAUCCAAAUACAAGCCCCCAGUUAACCCUGAAUGUGGUAGGCUUUCUCUCUCAACUGGUUUUGGAUAAUGAGAUCAGAGAAGCCCUUCUGAAUACUUACAAUUUGUGUAGUGUCCUGGCAGGUGUGAUUCAUCGAAGUUCUAUCAAUCCCUUUGAUCCAGUAUUAUUACAGAGUAUUCAACUGCUGCAGAAAUUGACCUACAAUGCAAGAGUAUUCCAUGGCAGUACUAAUAUCGAUGACUUAAUUUCAUUUCUUAUGCACCAUAUUCAGUCUACAGAAGACGAGUUAACAAUACCAUGCCUAGGACUUAUGGCAAAUCUGUGUCGACACAAUCUAGCCAUUCAAGCACAUAUUAAGUCAUUGACAAAUGUGAAGAGUUUCUAUCGUACUCUGAUCAGUUUCUUGGCCCACAGUAGUCUAACAAUGGUUGUAUUCGCACUUUCAAUAUUGUCAAGUCUUACAUUAAAUGAAGAAGUUGGAGAAAAGCUUUUCCAUUCCAGAAAUAUUCAUCAGACUUUCCAGUUGAUAUUCAACAUUCUUGUGAAUGGUGAUGGAACACUAACAAGAAAGUACUCUGUUGAUCUUCUCAUGGAUCUUCUGAAAAAUCCCAAGAUUGCAGUUUAUCUUACCAAAUAUGAACAUUUUACCUCCUGCGUCACUCAGGUAUUGGGUCUCCUUCAUGGAAGGGAUUCUGAUUCUUCAGCAAAGGUGUUGGAGUUGCUACUUUCCUUCUGUUCGGUAACGGAACUCCGUCACAUCUUGCGUCAGGCAAUAUUGGAGCCAAAUAAGGCAAGCUGUGGAAGCACAAGACUUGCAACUCGAUCUAAGCCUUCAGAGCCAUCUGUCCUCUUAGUACAUUGGUCAAACCAACCGCUAGAAGCAUCCGAAAACUGCUCAGCUCUUGCGUUGCAGCUGUUCAGGGAGAUAUUUGAGGAUGUUAUUGAUACAGGCUGCAGUGCUGCAGCUGAGCGCUUUGUGGAUCUUCUUCUUCCUGUUCUUCUUGACCAUAUUCAUUUGCCGGAUCAUGUCUUAGAAGACCUGUUGGCAAAGAAGAAGUGUGAAAGAAUGAUCGGGGCUGUUGAUAUCUUGAGAACGCUUUGUGCAGAUGAUACGCUAAAAAUGCAUGUUACUAAGGCUCUAACAGCUAACAACUGUACAUCUUUAAUUGAAUACCACUUUACAUGCAGUGGGAUUGACUUCGGCUUUGGGACAAAGGUAAUGGACUCUGAACUGAGCAAGCUUGCUGCUGAUGCAAUCUUAAAAACACUGGAUCUUAUGAGCAAGCUUAAGCAGCUAGUUUCUAACAUGGAAGUCAACUUUUACAAAGUUCUUCAGGACCAACGUUUGGUUACACCUUUGGCUUUUGCUUUAACAUCAGACCACAGAGAGCAAGUGCAGGCAGGACUUAGAAUUCUGUUUGAAGCAGCACCAUUGCCAGAUUUUCCUGCCAUAGAGCUUGGUGAAAGUAUUGCGGCCAAUAACUCUUACAGACAACAGGAAGCAGAGCACGCAUCUAAAAGGAACCACAUGCAAGCAUCCAUUACCUGUGUUAACCCAAUGAAAUGUUCUGCUGCUUGUGCUCCAAAUGACGAUGUUGCAACUUUCAACAUUCAGGACCUGAUACAGAAACUCCAGUCUAGCCUGGAGGUGAAAGAAUCAGCCACUGAUGUAAGGGUGUCUGACAUAAUGGAUGUGUAUGAGCAGAAACUGUCUGCAUUAGCAUCCAAAGAAACUAGAUUGCAAGACCUUUUGGAAGCAAAGGCUUUAGCACUUGCUCAAGCUGAUAGACUUAUUGCCCAGUACCGUUGCCAGAGAGCUCAAGCUGAGUCAGAGGCUAGAACGCUUGCUUCGAUGUUGAAGGAAACUGAACGAAAAAAUGAAGAACUUGAGUCAUUGUUGAAAGCACAGCAAGUAGAAUCUGAACGGGCACAGAGUGAUAUUGAACAGCUCUUUGAACACAAUAGGAAGCUACAGACAAUAGCAGAGGAACAUGAGAUACUGAAAAGAUCUUCCAUUGACCUUCUUCAAAAGCAUGAAACCAUUGAAAAACAAUAUAACGACCUGCAGCUAAUGUGUAAUUCUCUGAACAAACAACUUGAGACCAUUAAAAGGCAGAAUGAAUCUCUCAAGCAACAGAACGACAAAACUGUCAGUCAGUUGCUAGAAACAGAAGAGCAUAGAAAAGAAUUGCACAAACAUUUGCAAGAGAAAGAUGGGAAAAUAUCAAAUUUGCAACAGAAGGUAAAGAUUCAGGAAGAAAAACUUAAAGCCAGGCAGAAGGAAAAAUCAGAUAUGGAGGAGACUGUAGACAUCCUUAGAAAGGAAUUGAGUAAAACGGAACAAGCAAGAAAAGAAUUGAGCAUUAAGGCAUCUUCCUUGGAAGUUCAGAAGUCACAGCUGGAAGGACGACUGGAAGAAAAGGAAGCUUUGGUCAAAGUCCAACAGGAAGAGCUAAACAAACAUUCUCAUAUGAUAGCAAUGAUCCAUAGCUUAAGUGGUGGCAAACUAAAUGCAGAGGCUGUGAAUCUCAGUUUAUAGAAUUUGGUUAUCUGGUGCUGCGUUUCACAGGCCAACCAAAACUUAAUGCAAGCCUCAAGUAUUGUUACAUAUAGAAAAAAAGAAGAAAACUUUUUACUGGAUGCAAGCUAACUUCUGCUCAUGUUGACACUAAUGUCCGCAUAGCAAUCAGCUGCUGUGGGGGCCCUGAUUUUGAAAUAAAUUAUUUGAGAUAAUUUUGAUACACAUACUGUCACUGAUAAUAAGAGUUGGGUUAGGGUAGGUGAUGUUGCACUUUUAGGCAAAUUUCCAAGUAUGAAUUUUAGUCUCUUUUAAAACCCGUGUAUAUAAAACCUAAUUGACUAACAUACACACCCAGAGAUUAGAAGGAAAAUGUAUAAAACCUUGAUUUAGGUGUUUAAAGUAAUGCAUAGAUUUUAAAUUACUACAAUGUAUUAAAUGAAUUGUGAAAACAGAAAUGUCUUAGCCCUGUUAGCAUGUGGCUCCAAAAUUCUGUACUAUUAAUUUAUAGUUUCUAGGAAUUAGUAAAUAUGUGAGUAUAUAUAUUAAGCUUUGUUUUAUUUUCCAGUGUUAAAUGUUAGUUCCGCUCACUUUCAAUUCUUUAGAUUUCUGAAAAUAUUUGUCAUUUUUAUCUAGAGAUCACGCUUGGUUGCUGUUAAUUUUUCUUCAUAUAAUUCCUCUCUACACUUCAGAAUAUUUAUAUAGCUAUAUUUUGCUACAUUUAGAAAAAGAGCUUAUAUAUUUUCAAGCACUGCCUGAAUAUUUUUAAAUAUAGCCAUAUUUUGCUACAUUUAGAAAAAGAGUUUACAUUUUCAAGCACUGCCUGAGUAUUUUAAAAGUAAUUAACUUUAAUGGGAAUACAGUAUACAUUUUAUAUUUAACUUAGUAUGUGAAGGCACAGGCAUGUAUUUUGCUAAAAUAUACUACAUUGUAUGUCCCUUAUGUAUUUUAAUAAAAGAGCCAAUGAUAUUCGGAGACAUUUAAAUUCUGACACUCCAUUUGUACUAAUGCCACUUAAUGUACAGUGAUAGUUAGCCAAAAAUGUCAGCAAAUACAUUUAAACUUUAAGCUUCUGAGUAUUAAUCUUCCGCUUAACCAUGUAGCCUUAAUGUCAUCAGUUGCAUUUCCGAAAACUGCAUCUAUUGUCUUCAUCUCCGUAGUGGCUUUUGUCAUUUUAAUAAAAUAUUUAUUAUAGGCUUAUAUUUGUCCUUUUGUAAUAUUGUUUUAAAUGUUGUGUUUUCUCUCUGGGAAGGGAAAUAAAAAAUUAUUUGGA